AUGAAAACGAUAUUUUUGUUAUGUUAAGAAAANCAUAUAUAGCAAUAUAUAUUAUAAAUUAACAAUAGAAUCUUAUAAAUGGAUAUAUUUAAAAUAUGAAUUAAGUACAACUAAUAUAGAAUUUUAAUGUAUAAAUGAAGUAUAGGAUGUAUGUAAAAUAUUUCAUAAUAAUAUAGUUUAUAGUUUUGUAUUUUAAAAAACACCUUAAAAGAUAAUACCAACAAUAGAAAAUAGUUAGUAAUUAAAGUCUAUAACAAAUAUUUAAGAAUAAUUAAUAAACAAUUAAACAAAUAAUAAUGCUGACGUAAUCUAUAUAGGACUUUAUAAUAAUUAAUCAAAAACAAUAGAUUUAUAAUUUAAAAUAGUUACUUAUAAUGAUGAUAAUAAUGAAUCUAUGUUUGAACGUAAUAAAAUAAUUAUUAUAAUAACUGCUUGUGUAAUUGCAACUUUAUUAUUAUUUGCUAUUGGUAUAUCUGCAUUAAGAACUAGAAAAUAAAAAUAAAUUAGAAAAUAAGUAUAAGAAGAUAUACGUAGAAAUUUAAAUAAUGAUUAAUAAUAAACUAAUAGAGUAUUUGAUCCAGCUAUAUAUAAAGGUAAUAUUAAUAUAAUUAAUAAGGUUUCUAAAUUAGAUUUAUUAAAGAUCAUUUUAAAGCUCAUUAUUAUGAUAAAUUUAUAUCAAUAUAUCCUGGAUUAUCAUAAUUUUAAGAAUGUGCUGUAUGUUUAGAAUAAAUGAAUAAAGGAAAUAAUAAAUUAUAAAGAAUUUGUUCUGUAACACCUUGUUUUCAUAUAUUUCAUUAUAUAUGUCUUUAAGAAUGGUUAUUAAGAUAAAAAAAUUGUCCAUUUUGUAGAACUGAAUAUACUAGAAAAAAGAUUAUUUAAGAUUUUCCAUGGUUAGAUAUUGGAAAUUUAUAAAUCAAAAAUACUGAUUCUAAUUAUCUAUCUAGAAUCAAAAAUUAAAUUGAAAGUGUUAAUGAAAGUCGUAUAGAAUUAAAUAAUCAUUAAUAAAUACAAUAAACACAAUAAUUAGAAGAAAUUAAAGAUUGA